AUGAAGAAUAAUAACAAUGAUAAUAAACAUUCUAUUUGUAUCAAUGUAAAUCUGAUGUUUUAUGAACCACACCCAAUUUCAUUUUUCUUACGUUACAUAAAUACUACUACUACUACCAAUACGAUUACUACUACUACUACUACUACUACUACUACUACUACUACUACUACUACUACUACUACUACUGCUACCACUACUACUACUACUACUACUACUACUACUACUACUACUACUACUACUACUACUACUACUACUACUACUACUACUACUACUACUACUACUACUACUACUACUACUACUACUACUACUACUACUACGAUUACUACUACUACUACUACUACUACUACUACUACUACUACUACUACUAAUAAUAAUAAUAAUAAUAAUAAUAAUAAUAAUGGUAAUAAUAAUGAAGGAAAUGAUGAAAACUACUUGAAAAUUGAAUAA